AUGGACGCAUUGAAUUCUAAAGAACAACAAGAGUUCCAGAAAGUGGUGGAACAAAAGCAAAUGAAGGAUUUCAUGCGUUUAUACUCCAACUUAGUAGAAAGGUGUUUCACGGACUGUGUCAACGACUUCACAACUUCCAAGCUUACCAACAAGGAACAAACGUGCAUCAUGAAGUGUUCAGAGAAGUUCCUAAAGCACAGCGAGCGUGUAGGACAACGUUUCCAAGAGCAGAACGCCGCUUUGGGUCAAGGCCUGGGGCGUUAG